CUUCCUUUCACUUCUCUCUGCCUAUGCCCUUCGCUAAGAUGGGGAGGGAAGGGAAAGAAUGAUGUCAUCGUAUGACUGUGUUUUUAUGAAUGAAAAGAAUCCUGUGAGUGAGUAAUUCCAGGAAACUCAUAUUACAACUCAGCAGCUCACAGCGCAGAGCUCCGCUCAGCCCUUCUCCUUGGACAACAACAACCUUCAUUUACAGAAGCAAACAAGGUGAAUCGAAAGCAGAAUAAGCAAGGAAAAAUAGAGGGAGGAAGGCCUCUCUGAAGACAGAAAGAAGGAGGGAAGGAGCCGGGCAGCAAACAAAGACGGAUUUCUGUGAAGGGCCUUCCUGGGGAAGACCGAAGUGCAAGGGGAAAUGUCAGCUGACAGCCUGUCAAGCAAAGCCCUCAAGAUCAAGCGGGAGAUGGGUGAGAACACGCCACACCUGUCAGAUGAGGAGUUAAUGGGAUUGUCGGUGCGAGAGCUCAACCACCAUCUGCGAGGCCUCUCCAAGGAGGAGGUGGCCCGGUUGAAACAACGCCGGCGUACACUGAAGAACCGGGGCUAUGCAGCCAGCUGCCGGGUCAAGCGUGUUUGCCAGAAGGAAGAACUGCAGAAGCAGAAGACGGAGUUGGAAAGGGAGGUGGAUAAGCUGGCUCGAGAGAAUGCUGCCAUGCGCCUUGAGCUUGACGCCCUGCGUAGCAAGUAUGAGGCGCUGCAAGGCUUUGCCCGCACGGUCACUGCUCAUGGUACUACUGCCAAGGUGGCUACCGCCAGUGUUAUUACUAUCGUCAAAUCUGGCUCCAACCAGGCAUCGUACUCCUAGUGCCUGCAAGCAGAGUUGUGAACUGAGUCCUGUUGCCAUUCCUCUGCCCAGCUCUCACCUAGAACGGCUGUAGCUGCACUGGCUCCUUCUCCUUCUGUUUUUCUUCUGCCAUCUUAAGGAGACUGGAUUGACUUGAAGACAAAAUGGCUGAACGUUGAACUUCCUCCUCUAUCCCUUGUCGUUGUUGGGAGAGGGUGGGAAGGUGGUGCCUGACGUGUUAUUUUUUGCUGUUAAUGUGAUCCCCGAAUUGGAAUGCAGUGGCCAGUUAUCCUUUUCCCCUUCCCAGUCUGCUUUUCUCUUUCCACUUUAUAGUCUGUCGUCUCCCCCUCUAAGUUAGUGUAAUGAGUGGAAGACAGCUUCUCUUGAUAGCUGGGAAUACAGCUAUAGAGAAUGGUUGGUUGUAUAGGUAGCAAAAGGGAAAUAUCUUUAUUCAUAAGGGAGCGAAAAGGAUGCUAAGUUGAAGUUAAGGAGAAAUGAGAAGAAGGAUAGGACAUAAAUGUAAUAGAAAUCUAUAUUGUCAGUAAGAACCAAGGAGUAAUGUAGGAAGUCAAAGACUUGGUUACCUUUCAGACUUCUUGACAGCCCAGGUUGCCCUUGUCCUGUUUGUGAGGAUUGGUAUACAUCCUAAUGUUAUACUGUAAAUGAGCAGCCCUAAAGUGUGAAACCCCAUGUGAUGAGGGCAUUACAAGAGCAAUCCCAGUUAGGGCUUUUGAUGAGCAAGCAUGCAAUACAGGAAAGGGGACAUUAGCUGAGGUAAGACAAAAGAAGGAAAAUGAUGGUUGGGUGAUAAUGAUGGUAAUGAGAGGAAGGUGAUCAUGAGGUCCCUCCUUAAAGCAAAGUUGCUGGCAUCCCAUACUGUAUAUCAAAGGAGAGACCAUUGCUGCCUGUAGCUAUGAAUUCAUGUAAAUAUUGGGUCGUGUAUACUUUUCACCAAACAGUGCUAUUUGGGCUGAGGAUACAAAAUGUCUUUCAUGGAAUGGAAGCAACUUCAUAUACAGUGGUUUCAAGGAGAGGAAAGUAAAGAUGGGUUUGAGAUUAGCCAGGAGAGAGAAGGAUAAAGCAUGUGAUGAGAUGGUUGGGUAGGAAGGUGGCAGCAGGGAAGCCUUUCUGUUUCGAUGUAAACAACAAAAUUUGCCUGACUUUGCAACUGGAGUGCUAUGCAUAGUGUAAUGGGUAUCACAAAUGGGGAACAAACAAACGGCAUAAGUCACCCAUUCCCUAAGAAAGUCUGGUGGGGCUAGUGUCUUGCUUGGCUAUAUCAGCUUGUUUGAAAAUGGAUAAUAGGAAGUUGAAGUGUUUUCUCCCUUGAAAUUCUGGAUGGAAUUACUUACAUUUUCUUUCCAUCUUUUGACUUUUUCAUUGGAUGGAAACACUAGAAAUCAAGAAAGAACUCCUUGCUAAUAUUGUGGAGAUAAAUGUGCAAUGUAUUAGCAAAAUCUAACUGCAGAUCUGGUGUUGUUGUUUUUAAAUGCUUUCCUCUAAUUUUGUUUUCAUCAAGGGCAGAAAGUUAGUUUGUGGCCGCCUUUUACACAAACCAAAAACUGAAAGCUCCUGGAAGAGGAGGAAGAUCACUUACUUGCUCCCAAGAGCUAGACAAACAACACCUAACCAGAAAAAUGGAUUGGGGGGAUGUGCGCGAGUAGAGAGCUGCUGCUGCUGAAAUGUCUUAUGUCCCACUGUGUUUUUCUCUUCACCCUGUUGGAUCCUGCUGCAUUACUAAAGCAAAAGAACUGAGGAAACUCCUUGCUAAGUACUCAGAAUUUGAGUGUGGUUUCUCCCCACCUUCUCAAGAACAAAGGGAGAAAUGUUCUUGGAUUUCCUAGUAGAUUGUUGCUGUUCUGCUAUGAAAUAGUGGGGCUGCAGGGCUAAUUUAGCCCCAGCUGAAAUGGGAUGCUGGGUGUAGGUUUACUUCUUGAAACGGUUCAAGGGUCUGUGGCGCUAGUGUCUCUCAACAACCAGGUUGCCUCUCAUGGUAGGGCAUUGCAACCUGGUUGGGUUGCCUCAUUUGAACAUGUCACCCAGGAAUAAGACCACACUGGCUAUGCAGUCUUAGCCCAUCUGCUGCUAUGUGUAAACCGGCCUGGGAAUGUGGUCCAAGCAAGGAGCAAAGCUGUAGAUAGCACCUCUAUACCCAGAAGAGGCUGCCAGGUCAAUCUUUCUGAUCUUUUGUUUGUUUGUUUUAAAGUAAGCAAGCUAAUAAGGCAGGGAUGGCUUGGAUUCAAGUGCUCCUUCUUAAAUAACAGAAAGGGCAUUAGAUUAGAGGACUCAUAAAGGCACCUUCCACUCUUAGCAUAUAAAUUUAACAUAGGAACCAGUGAGUGUUUGUGGGCAGUCACUUCUAGGCAUUGUACCAUUGUGAGUUAUUUAAAUGGCAAACAGUUACCCCUUUAAUUCUUUAGACAUAUGGGUGGGUUCACCCAUCCUGCAGCUUACCAUGACAUCCACCCCCCAUGAUGGGAUCGGCUUCCAAGCCAGUGUUGUCCAUCCUUCCCACUACCUUGAUGAUCCUGAUGGGUGGGUUUCUUGUUUAGCAUUUCUUCCCUUCCCCUUCCUCAUCUCCCAUCCCUUGAUUUAUUUAUUGCACGAAUAUAAGUUAUUUUCACGUCCUUUAUGCCAUUCCGCCUUGUGGCACGGCCAGGAUGUUGGUACAGAGCCGUACUUUAUAUUUUAUAUAUGCAAAUCACAUUUUAUCUUCUAUAGAGUAAGAAAAAAGUACUUAUUUAUUUUCUGACUUACAGUAAGUGUCCUGCCAGACUCCUCUGUAUUUUGUAGACUUUACAAAUAAAGCCAGUUUUUUUUUCCAAAACCGAAAA